AUGACGCCCCUCUCGCAGGCCCUGGUGGACAGGGCCCGCCUCGGCGGGAAAGAACUUGCUAGGAGGGCGCCCUUGAGCGUCAGGCGGCUCCGAGGGCAGCUCGGCCUCUCCGCACCCUGCAGGCCUCACCCACGGCCGCCCAGGGCGAGCUUCGCCGCCUUGGGGCUCUCCGGGCCUGCGAGGCCUGGGAGCACCUGCGCCCUGCCGCACCUGCCCGCGCCUCCUGUGGGCUGUGUGCAGCCUGCGUGGGUGUGGGCGGUGCUGACCAGAGUUCUAAUAAAGCAGGAAAGGAGAAAGCAAAAGGAAUAUUUUGAAAAGAACAGGAUAAAAGCAAAAAUGAAAUUACUUGGAGUUUUAUCCCCUGUCAAAAGUUCUGCUGUCAGUUUAGAUCUUCUUAAUCUGUAUAUGGUAAAUCAGAUAUCUUGCAAGAAGAAAAUCCUGGAAACAGUGAGAAAACCAACCCAUGUGAAUAUGAAUAGGGACAUAACAGUGCCCCUGAGAAAGCAUGAUGUAGAACUUCCCAUGUCACCUCACUGCACACCUUCCAAACUCUGUAUUGAUGACAUCGAAAACAAUAUGCACUAUCAAGGACUAGGGAAUAAGGAAGAACUUGACCCAGUUCAGUUGUCACAAGACAAGGGAUCAUAUGGCACAGGUAUAUUUGAACCUCAGUUCAGCAAAAUACAAAAUUAUAGCUUCAUGCCACAGUCCUUUUCAGCAGAAUUUUCUCCUAACAUGGAUGUUCCAAAACAGCAUUUUACUCUUGGUACAGUACCUAGUCCAUGGAAAGUUGGAUAUGAAGAAAAACAGACUGGGCAGCUGAGUAAUGUUAACUGUUCUAAUUCCUAGCUUUCGAAACUAACUGGAAGUCAAGACGUUCUCAGCCCAUCAUAUAAGCGAGCACAAUUUGGGAAACGAUUUGAAAGAUUAAACAGUCCAGGAAAUGGAAAUCUCAUCACUGAAAGAUCAACUUUAAUUACGGGUGAAGAACAUGGUUGCAUGAAUGAGAGAAAACAGUCACAUUUAAUUGCUGAAAAACAGUCUGUACAACAUACUUGGGGAGAAAAUGGAAAAGAGUUGUCACCUUUUCUUGGAAUUGUGAACCAGCCAGCUCCUGUUCUUCUGUCAGAGAACUGUGACUCUUUUGUUAGUCAGAAUAUGAUCAAUUUAUUAAACAUAGAUCAACAAAAGAUGAAUGAAAUGUUUGGCAAGUGCAGGCAUGAUGGUGUGGGAGAUACCUGUGUCAUUGCUGGGUCUGAUCAGAAUCCGUCCACUGAUAGAGGCAUUAGAAGCAUUUUUACAGUCCCAGAGUUGCCUUUGAGUAAGUCUACUUUUAAUAAGACAAGCUAUCCAGAAAAGUGUCAGGCAAAGGAACACUUCUGGAAGGAGUACAGUGAUAAUAGAAUAAGUGAUCUUUGUGUGCCAUUUGAGAUGAAUUGUUACCCACCCAGCUCUGAAAAACAAGGAAAACUUGGAAAUGAUUGCCAAGGGAAGAUGCCACAGAAAAGUAUCCAGAGACAUGCAGAGAACUCUGUGAGUAAGAUUCCUUUGGAAGAAGUGCCUUCUGAGCAGCCAAGGGGCUUUGAACAUAGUCAGUGCCUGCUGAGAGAGUGUGACUGUGCUGGGGCUUACAGCAUAGAAAGCCCUACUCCUAGAGCUGGGAAAGGGGAAGGGUCCUUCAAAGCAAAGAAGACCCGGUUAAGGAGUGGCAGUAGGGCAUGGGGGCGAAGCAGUGUUCCAGGAUCCUCUGUAAGGUGGAGGAGAGUAGGAUCAAAUAAGGUCCUGGAGGAGGUGCUACCGUCUAAUUCUGGAGAGGAGGAACGAGGCUUCAGUAUGAUUGCUGUCAGUGGGAAGUUUAUCACUAGAGUCGUGGAAGCAGAUGAGAGAACGCUUGUGUGUGAGUACCAGGUGGGAGAAGGGCCGAGCAGUUCGGUGUGUGAAGACUUCAGUGUUCCUUACUGCAGCUUCCCACCUGAGCCGCCGGCCCAUGUCCAGACCUACCCGGGGAGGCCGCUGCCCAUCCCAGAGCCGGCCCGUGUCCAGACCUACCCGGGGAGGCCGCUGCGCAUCCCAGAGCCGGCCCGUGUCCAGACCUACCCGGGGAGGCCGCUGCGCAUCCCAGAGCCGGCCCGUGUCCAGACCUACCCAGGGAGGCCGCUGCGCAUCCCAGAGCCGGCCCGUGUCCAGACCUACCCGGGGAGGCCACUACGCGUCCCAGAGCCGAUGCUGAUGGAAGAAAGAGGAACACAUUCUUUACAAGACAGACCAGCAUCUGUUAAGAAAAUCUAUCUCGAUUCAUCAAGUCAGUCUUCCAGUUACUCUCCCAGGCCAACAGACAGUUGUUUCAGUUCCAGUUCGGAGAUGCCAUCUGAAGAGGAAGAUCAAAUGUUGCAGCAAAUUGAGGACUCAAAUACGAUAUCCAUCAAACCUAAAGAAACAAGUAAUGAUUACUGUCCAGAAGAAGUGGUAAAACUCUCAAGAGAUCAGGUUGUUAAAGCCAAAGUUGACACACUGAAUGAGAAUUUUCAUCCGUUCUUAGUGAAACAUACUGAUGGGUUUCUUGCGUCUCGGUGCAGCCCAGCCCCUGUAGUGCUAAGCGUGACCAACGGUAACAGCUUUGUGCAGGUCGCACGAUGUGACGCACAGGUGCAGACAGAGAAUGACCUUGAACUGCAAGGAAAAGCAGAUGCUGCCGUGCAGUGUGAUAUGGUUUCAGCGUGUGCAUGUGGAAGAGCUCCGUCCCCUCUCUGCAGUGCAGACACUAAGGCAGAACCACUGGAGGGCAGGGCAUCCUUAAUAACAACGAGCGUUUUAAAGUCUCUGCCUGGGCACUAG